CGCCGUCAACAACAUCACUAUUGUUAUCGUGUGAUAUGUCAAUCCUACCAACGUGUCUAUCUAAUUCCUCGAGAUGCUACAGAUCAGAUUGCGUGAAGAAAUUAGGAGGAAACUUAAGUUUUCUACCAAGCAAAUGCCACGCCAAAGAUAAGCAUGCCCAGGACUUAUUGUAGUGCAACCAGAGAAAUGAUGUUGUCGCCAGCUUUCGGAGCCAACUCAGGUAACCUGAGGUAUUUUUAGUUCCAGGCGCUCAAAUGGAACUGACGGUAAGAGUUCCGAGGCUAUUGCAAUGGGAUGAAAGGGAUGUAACGGUAUCACUACAUAUUGGAUAAUUACGUCGUUACCUCGAGCCGACCAGACGACGAUUAUAAUUGCGAUGGGGAAUUUGAGGGAAUUGAACGGCUAUUACGGGUAUCCUUUCGGUAUUUCCAUUACCAGUAUUCCUCACACCGGUCAAAAGUGGAGGUGCACAUGAGAGCGCUUACUGGACGUUGGUCGCGCUGACCUAAUUUUCAAAGACAUUCCCAGCGACAAGAAGGUUUGGAUAACCUUAGCGGAAGGAUGAACACUUCCUUCAUCCACCCAUCCAUCGUAUUGCCCAAGAGAGAUGCAUGAGGCUACCGAUGCGCAGUUGGUAGGUUCCGUCGCGUCUUUUCCAUUUGCAAGUCGUAUGCAACGAGUGUUUCUUGGGGGAAGAAAGGCCGAGUGCCGGUCAGAGGAGGAAGAAGCCCUUUUACCCUGCACCGUACUCAGACGCACUCCUCUUGACGAUAACUUAAUAUUACCCAAAAUAGUUGCAGCAUCUAUGAAUUCACAUCCAGGUUAUUCAGAUCACUAUCUACUACAGAGUACUCUGUACAGUGCUGUAUAAUAAUAAGUUUGGCCCAAGUAAAUAAACCAGUUCGAUUGCUCCACCUCCAAAAUGUCAAUUUCGCAAUCAAGCUUUCCCUAAACCAUUAGUCUCCAUCUUCGCCCAGGUUUCCCUUGUCAUUGACAUGAGAAUUGAUGCAAGAUCUGAUGAUCCCAGGAUAUGCCUCCGUAUUGUCUCAAUAGCAACCCGCCGAAUAGCUGCACGGUUCUGGAGAGGCAACCUGCGAUUGCAAGAGUGACCGUCUACUUCGUAAAUAAGAAGCCUUUGUAACGUCAUAUCUAGCGCAAUUGUAAUCGUGCCGCCAUGCCGGGGGAGAUGAGAGUGAAUGAGUGGAGUGGAAGUUAUUGCAGUGCAGUGGUACGGUGAGGGGAGAGGGGUGAGUGAAAGGGGGAAAAUCUAUGGGCUGGGGAUGGAAAUAUUGGAAGCGA